AUGGAUACAAUGGCUUCAAAUGUUUUGCAAUUAGUGAAUAGCACUUUGGAGAGGGUGACGUCGGCUUUGGAUUUUCCAUCUGCCAGAGCUGUUGUUUUUGGUUUUCAAAUUGGAGGGCAUCUCUUUGUGGAGGUUAUUCUUUUAGUCGUCAUUCUUUUCCUACUUUCCCAGAAAAGUUAUAAACCUCCUAAGCGUCCGUUAACGAAGAAGGAAAUAGAUGAGCUAUGUGAUGAAUGGGUUCCAGAAUCUCUUAUUCCUCCUAUUACAGAGGAAAUGCGAUAUGAGCCACCAGUAUUGGAAAGUGCUGCAGGGGCACAUACUAUAAUCAAUGGCAAAGACGUUGUAAACUUUGCUUCAGCUAAUUAUCUUGGUCUAGCAGGCCAUGAGAAACAACUUGAGUCAAGUACCUCAGCCUUGGAAAAAUAUGGUGUUGGUUCCUGUGGUCCUCGUGGGUUCUAUGGAACAAUUGAUGUCCACCUUGAUUGUGAGGCCAGAAUAGCGAAGUUUUUGGGAACUCCGGAUUCAAUUCUCUAUUCAUAUGGACUUUCCACUAUGGAUGAGGGAGUCCAUUGGGGAAUACAGAAUGGCCUUUAUCUUUCCAGAAGCACUGUUGUGUAUUUCAAGCACAAUGACAUGGAUUCUCUACGAAAUACUUUGGAGAAAAUUACUGCUGGGAAUAAGCGGGCCAAGGAACUGCGACGUUACAUCAUAGUUGAAGCUGUAUACCAGAAUUCUGGCCAAAUAGCCCCUUUAAACGAGAUCAUCAGAUUGAAGGAGAAAUAUCUCUUCCGUGUUUUGUUGGACGAGAGUAACUCAUUUGGUGUUCUUGGGAGGUCUGGAAGAGGUCUUACUGAAUACCAUGGGGUGCCGAUUGAGAAGGUAGAUAUUGUUACUGCAGCUAUGGGCCAUGCAUUAGCAACUGAAGGAGGAUUCUGCACUGGAAAUUCCAGAGUCAUUGAUCAUCAACGGCUGAGCAGUUCUGGGUAUGUGUUUUCUGCUUCUUUGCCACCGUAUCUUGCAAGUGCUGCAAUUACUGCUAUCGAUGUUCUGGAGGAUAAUCCUGCUUUAAUAACAAAGUUGAAAGAAAACACUGCUGUCUUGUGGAAAGGAUUGUCCAACAUAAAGGGUCUCUCUAUAGCCAGCAAUCCAGAAUCACCUAUUGUUUUUCUGAAACUAGAAAAGUCCACAGGUUCCACUAAAGAUGACCUUCAAAUCCUUGAAGCUAUCGCUGAUCGGGCUUUGAAGGAAGACUCUGUAUUUGUAGUAACCUCAAAGAGAUCAAUGCUUGAUAAAUGUCGUUUGCCUGUGGGAAUCAGAUUGUUCAUAUCUGCUGCCCAUUCAGAUUUUGAUCUGCUCAAGGCAUGUGAAUCCUUGAAGAGGGUUUCAGCAUCGAUCAGCAUGGUUAAUAUGGGUCUUAGUCAUAGGAUUGAUUCCAUUUCUGAGGUUGACAAUGAACAGUUGAUUAAAACAGAUUGUAUUGCUUGUUCGCAAGUUUUUUAG